AUGCCAACAUAUUUGCCCACUCCAGACACUCCCCGAGUCUCUUCACCCGCCAACUCACGGCUCACCAAGAGAAAGCGCACUGCCGACAGCGGCAGUGAACCUCAAAGCCAAGCCUCGCCCUCGGAGUGUGGCAACCUGCAAAACCUCUCAGACAACGAGAAAUCCGAAAUCUCAACUUUUGCCGCGCCACCACAGCUCGAUAUAAUACAGCGCCCGUCGGAUGGUCUACCAACGCCACUCCUCUCGCCCACAUCAGUCAACAUGGACGAGCAAGCUGCUCUCGGACUUGUCGCGAACCGGAAACAAGUCGACACUGCUGAACAGCGGCGGACGAAGACACGCGAAAUCGUCAAGCAGCAAGUCAACCUCGAGAUCUUACUUAAGCACGACGAGCUGAGGUUGAUUGAUCAAGAGAUCGCCAAAUGCCAAGUGGCUCUUGAACAGCUUCGCCGUUGCACUGAAAUUCCUUAUCCCGCGAUUAAUCUGUCUCAAGAUGUCACGGCUGGUACAGGCCCUGCCCUUCGCCAGAAGUAUACUGGUGCGCGUAUGCCAGUCUCUCCUGCUCCCUGGGGAGUGACCGAUGGUCCAUACUCUCGUCACUACGCUACUUGGCUGCUCCCAGACUCACGCUUUGACGGUGGCGAGCCAGAUCCGAUUGCGCAAACGCCGAUCAAUGGCAAGAGGCCCGCAAAAGGACGCCACGGCCGUCCUUCAAUUGUCGAAGAUAUGCAACAUGCUGGCAUGAGCUCACGCUCUCAACGCAACAGCGGUCUCCAGAGCCUGUCCACUGGCUAUGUUCAACCCAAGGAAAAGUCAAAUGGUCCGCUCGUUCUCAAGCGCAAUUCUGACGGCAAGAUGGUCAAGCUCAAGUGCCUUGAUUGUGGCAGACUUAACUUCGGCUCUGCUCAAGGAUUUAUUAACCAUUGUCGCAUUGGCCACGGUCGAACUUUCCCCAGCCACGACGCGGCUGCCGAGAGCUGCGGUGAGCCUGUUGAGUAUGACUCCGCUGGCGGUAUGGUCGGUGUCGAGCCUGUGACUACGACCACACCUGUGGCUACUAGUGUACACCCUCUGAUCCGGUCGGCUCAUCUCUUGCCAUCUGCACCUGCUCCUACUCCAAAGUUGAUACUCAAGGGUAUGGAUGGCGCGGCAGACACCACCACAUCAGACUCGUCACCGGAGUUCAAGGGAUCGAAUUCCAUUCCCUUCCUCUCCGCACUUGUCCAGAAGAAGGGUCUCGGUCUGGACUUGCAAGAUGCUGUCACCGAUGCCAAGACAAAGCUUGAGUCGUAUGAGUCGGAUGUUGACAUGUCAGAUGUUGAGGACGAGGUUAAACUACCUGAAGGGGUUUCGCGUGGUCAUCCUCAAGUCGCUGGUACUCGGCAAGUCGGUGUAACUUCCAAGGCGCCGUCCAGUUCUCCACUUCUCAGCUCCAGGCUUCCAAACAGUCAAAGCAGUAUCGAGCAGUUCGGCCAUUCAAUUGAGCCUUCUCCGACGACGGACUCCAAUCAGGCUCCUAGUCUUAUCGAUGACGACGAAGAAUAUGAAGCUCACUCGCCCGCGAGCACGCCUCCUUCGGAGCUUGCGGACGAGGAUGUGCAUAUUCGCGUCCAAGACGAGGAUGAUGUGCACCAAGUGGAGCUCUCCCGGCCCGAGUUUCAGGCUAGCUGUGCUCAGUCUCAGGAUCCGGUGUCUUCCCCAGCUCGCCGUCCAUCUGCUUUCCGCAGAGAGACUGAAAACCGAGAAGAGAAGCAUGUGAGCUUUGAUGGCGCCAGCCCUGCUCCCGAGCAAAUUAGUCCAGAUCGCAGCAAGAGGCGCAAGAUUACGAAGUGA